GAAUAUUAUGGCGAACAGUCACAGUUUCAAAGUAUUGGAGAAAAUGACUUAUAUUCUACAUCCAAGUCAAGGAGCACAUCCACCUCAGAGUCUACUUCCUCAAGAAACGAAUUGUCUUCUGAAAAUUACUGGGAUGGAUCACCUUUGGGAAUGUCCAAGCCAGUAGCAGAUGACCACAUAAGAGAUUGGAUUCCACUUUCAACAGUGGAUACUGAUGUGGAUGAAAGGUUAAUUUCUGAAGCUACUACUCCACAUUUUCAGACUCACCCUACACAUGUUUAUAAAUCAGCACUAAUGAGGGGAUCAAAUUCAAUUUUCCCAGUUGCUCCAGUGCUUGUAGGUUCUGAAUCAUGGCAGAGAACUGUUGGUAACCAUGGGAUUUUACCAUUUGCAUUUUGUCCCGCUGGGCUACCAGUCACUUUUGUAACCAUGCUUCCUGCAUACAAUCUAACUGAGAUAGAAGCUUCAAGUAAUCAUUCUGAAAGGGGAGGUGAGUUUAAGAAUCAGCAAAAUGGACUACUGGAUCAUUUGAAUUCAGUCAAAAAUCUUGAUCAUCCAGAAGCUCUUAAUACUGGUACAACUAUUCAGAAUGUUGCAACUACGGAGGGCUUUGGCAAUUUCAAGACUGACAUGCUAAAUAGUGAUUUUGCCAACCAUUGGCAGAAUUUACAGUAUGGGCGUUUUUGCCAGAAUGCUCAACAACAGUGGCCCUCACUUUAUCCGUCUUUUUUUGGACAACCUGUCUACUUACAGGGAUAUUUUCCUGGGGAUCGUCCUGAAAGACCUAGGAACAGGAACCUCUUCACUACGCUUAUGACUUAUAAUUCUCCCUUCAUUCCCAUGUCACCACUAAAGCCAGAUUCUAAUGGUCCUUAUCAACAUUAUGCUGAUGAAAUUCAUACAUAUCGAGCUGGCACUGAAAUGUAUCUGCCUAAUCCUGUAAGAUUAUUUGCGUCAAAUCACUUGUGGAUUAUUUUAUUUGUCUUUAGAAUGAGCUUUUCAUUUUAACUAUAGUACUUGCAU